UUUUUCCAGGAAAGACCGAAACUUUAAAAAACCCCCAAAGGAACAAAAGGAUAACUUAAAACGAAAUUUUGGACUUUCCUUUUUCUUAAUCUUUGGUAAAAAUGAACUCCAGCCAGAGCAACAACGGAAACAACAACAGUUUCGAUAGCUUAAGCCAAGAUCUCGGUUUAUACUUCUUGGAGCUGGCUCGGAUCGGCUCGUCUAAGGCUCCGGUAGAGAUGGAAGAGGAUGAGGAGGUGGUACCGACUGAGCUCAAUACGAUUAAUAGCUCGGCAGGGUUCUUGGUGGUGGCGCCUGAUAAGUUGUCGGUGAAGUAUACUGCCGUAAGCCUCCAUGGCCAUGAUGUCGGUGUGGUUCAAGCCAAUAACCCGGUUCCUGUAAAGCGUCUGGUUUAUUACUUCGAGAUUUAUGUGAAGGACGCUGGAGUCAAGGGUCAAAUUGCUAUUGGAUUCACCAGUGAAGGCUUCAAGAUGCGCAGGCAACCGGGGUGGGAAGUAAACAGUUGCGGGUAUCAUGGGGAUGAUGGUAGGCUCUAUCGUGGGCAAGCAAAGGGAGAUGCUUUUGGUCCAACAUAUACAACAGGUGAUACGGUUGGUGGCGGCAUAAACUUUGCUUCACAGGAAUUCUUUUUCACUAAAAAUGGGGCAAUAGUAGGAACUUUUAGCAAGGAAAAGGAAAUGAACCGUUGCUUGUUUCCCACCAUUGCUGUCCACAGCCAAAAUGAGGAGGUUCAUGUCAACUUUGGGCAAAAGAAGUUUUCUUUUGAUCUGAAGGAAUAUGAAGCUCAAGAAAGGUUGAAGCAGCAGAUGACUAUUGAAAAUAUGCCUCUACCUCCAAAUAUUAGUUAUGGACUUGUUCGUGCGUACUUGCUGCAUUAUGGCUAUGAAGAUACACUCAAUUCAUUUGAUUUGGCUAGUAAAAGCACUAUCCCUCCUAUCUGUAUAGCUCAAGAAAAUGGUUUUGAUGAUCAGGAUAUCAUGUAUGCGCUAAAUCAGAGAAAGACCGUACGGCAGCUAAUCAGAAAUGGUGAGAUUGAUGCAGCUAUGAACAGACUCCGUGAUUGGUAUCCCCAGAUUGUUCAGGAAGACAAAUCAGCUGUUUGCUUUCUGCUUCACUGCCAAAAAUUUAUUGAAUUGAUACGGGUUGGAGCACUGGAAGAGGCUGUCAAGCAUGGAAGGAUUGAAUUAGCUAAAUUUUUGGGGUUGCCCGAGGAAAAUUUAUUUGAUGCUUUAGUGAUGGACUGCGUUGCCCUGCUGGCAUACGAACGUCCACAGGAGUCCUCAUUUGGAUAUCUUCUCCAAGAGUCGCGUAGAGAUGUUGUGGCAGACACGGUUAAUGCAAUGAUAUUGUCAACAAAUCCCAAAAUGAAAGACGUGCAAGGCUGCCUACAAUCUUAUCUCGAAAGACUACUCCGGCAGCUAACAGCUUGCUGUUUGGAGAGAAGGUUGGCGGAGGGGGGGCAGGGAGAAGCUUUUUGUUUGUCUCGGCACCUUAACUGAUAUAAAUGUAAAUUUGCAUCCCUCGGCUGUUCUUUUCUUUCUCUCUGUUUUCUGUUGAUAAAAAUUUCAAGUGGUCAUGGUGUCUGGUUAUACAGAGUAGAGCACACCCUUCCCCGUAGGUUUCCAAACAAAAAAAAAUGAUUCUAUAAGAUGGGGUGUUUCUAUAUAUGUUGUAAACUUUUCUUCAUAAACCAAAGUCAACAUUGCCUCAA